UCCAAGGCUCUGCCACACUCCAACAAAAACUAAAGAACACAGAAAUGAAGAAGUCAGUAGUACCAGUACUUCCAACUCUGUUGCUCCUGUCUCUCCUCUUCCUCUACUCUUUCUUUGAGGUCACAAUGGCUGGUUCAGGUUUCUGUGACGGAAAGUGCAAGGUGAGGUGCUCAAAAGCAGGGCUUCAGGAGCGGUGCCUCAAGUACUGCGGAAUCUGCUGUGAAAAAUGCAAGUGCGUGCCAUCUGGGACUUAUGGAAACAAGCAUGAGUGCAGCUGCUACAGAAACUUCAAGAACUCUAAGGGCAAGCCCAAGUGCCCUUAAUGUUUAUUAUAUAUAUAUAUAUAUGUGUUACAAUAUGUAUGUAUAUGUAGAUGUUCGAUCGAUCGGGGUUUCUUUUGUUUGUGUUGUGCUGCUAGUGAAAGUGGGUUUGUACUCAAUUCUUCGUUGUACUGCUUUUCACAUUUAGUUGUGCAAUAAUGAUGGACAAUAUGAUUCAUC